AUGGACCUGCCUUAUUACCAUGGCCCCCUGUCCAAGAGAGACUGUGAGAUCUUGCUGCUCAGGGAAGGGGUAGAUGGCAAUUUUCUGUUGAGGGACAGUGAGUCGGUGCCAGGAGCCCUUUGCCUCUGUGUCUCGUUUGGAAAGUUGGUCUACACGUACCGAAUCUUCAGAAAGAAAAGUGGGUUCUACCAGAUAGAGACUAUGGAAGGCAUACAAAAACAGAACUUUCCAAGCCUAAAGGAAAUGAUUUCCAAAUUUGGAAAACCAAACCAAGGGCUGGUGGUUAAUCUUUUAAAACCAAUAAUGAGGCCAGGCACCUGUCUGGAAAGAAGAAGAUUGGAAAUGACGAUGAAUGGCAUUUAUGGGAACAGUGACAAUGAUGAUUAUGUGGAUGUCUUGCCUUGA